GUGCUCGUGCGGUCGUGCGGCUUCAUCGCGCAAUUUUAGACCUCCCCCGGAAUCCGCGGCGCGAGCCCCGCCUCCCCGCACAGGCGCACCGCCCCCAAGCCCGGGCCACAAAGCGCCGGAGCUGCAGCCAGCCUUGGGCCUCCUCCCCCCAUUCGCCCGCAGCCCUAGCCCCGGAGCGCGACGUGACGUGUUGUUCGUGGCGGGCGCGUGCGGGCGCGCCAUGGACGUGGACAGCGUCGAGUGCCUCUCGCUGCCCGACGCUGCCAUGGACGCGGACGACGUCGGCCUUGCCAUCCACACCCACGGCGCGCUCCUCGCCGCCUCCCGGGCCGCCUGCCCCAAGGGCGCCGCCGGGGUCGCGCCGGGGAGCAGCGUGCACGAGCUGCUCGAGUGCCCCGUCUGCACCAACUCCAUGUACCCGCCGAUCCACCAGUGCCAAAAUGGACAUACUUUGUGUUCAACAUGCAAAGCUAGGGUGCACAAUCGUUGCCCUACUUGCAGACAAGAGCUCGGUGAUAUCAGGUGUUUGGCACUGGAGAAAGUAGCCGAAUCGCUUGAGCUUCCCUGUAAGUACUACUCUUUGGGGUGCCCAGAAAUCUUCCCAUACUACAGCAAGAUAAAGCAUGAACCGCAGUGCAGCUUUAGACCAUAUAAUUGCCCUUACGCUGGUUCUGAGUGUUCUGUGACCGGCGAUAUCCCUUAUCUUGUCGACCAUUUGAGGGAUGAUCACAAAGUUGAUAUGCAUAGCGGCUGCACAUUCAACCAUAGAUAUGUCAAGUCCAACCCAAGAGAAGUCGAAAAUGCCACCUGGAUGCUGACGGUGUUUCACUGUUUCGGGCAGUACUUCUGCCUGCACUUUGAGGCCUUCCAGCUUGGGAUGGCACCAGUAUACAUGGCCUUCCUCCGUUUCAUGGGGGACGAGAAUGAGGCGAAGAAUUACAGCUAUAGCCUCGAGGUCGGUGCAAAUGGCAGGAAGAUGGUAUGGGAAGGCACCCCGAGGAGCAUCCGGGACAGCCACCGGAAGGUGCGUGACAGCCACGAUGGCCUCCUGAUCCAGAGGAACAUGGCGCUGUUCUUCUCAGGAGGCGACCGGAAGGAGCUGAAGCUGAGGAUCACCGGCCGGAUCUGGAAGGAGCAGCAGACCCCGGAUGGCGCCUGCGUACCAAUUCUCUGUAGCUAAGCAAUGAAAGUUCUUCAAGGAAAAAAAGGGUUCGAUAACAUUUGACUGGAUAUCGUGUCGCCAUGCCCUACUUUUUUUGUACGGUCUGAGGUGACGUUUCAUGUUUUUGUCUUUGUUCAGCAAAAUUAGGAGGGUAGGAUGAUCUUGUAAAGUAAAUUGUGUAUAUAUAUGGCAUCCCACAUCUUAUUACAGGUUGGCUCAACGAGCUGUAUGAUGUCUUCGAUCGUGUUUCAGCAGUAACCUGUAUUCCUACUGAACUCCAUCAGUGUUACAACUUGAGAAG